CCUGAGCCGCACACGCUGCCCCAGGGGAAGGAGGCAAAGCGGGAUUUGGAUUUAGAGAGGACGGGGUGUAACCGCUCGUGAUGCCACCGAAUGAGGGAACUGGGAUUCCAGCAGGAGGGAAAGUUGAGUUCCCAGCUGGAGAACCGAGGUGCUGGUGCUGGGAUGGGGCCGUGGGGUCGCCCUGUGGGUGGCAGAGCGAGGUAAGGAGCAUCCAAGGGGUAAGGAUCCCAUCUUUGCUUCGCUUCCAAGGCUCCUCACUACAGCCUGUGUGGUUACAUCCAGCUACAGUGUGGCCAGCUCCUUUGGGAUUUGGGGCCAGCUUGCCUGUCCCCCCUGACGCGGUGAUAUUGUCCCUGGUAUCACCCGGCAGGGAAAGCUGUCCCUGCUUUCCAGAGACACCAGCACAGCCCAGCCCCAGGCUGCUGCCCAGCCGAGGGGGAAGUGGUCACUGGAGGAAGGAUGGACGGGAGCAGAUACAGCAGCGACCACAGCCUCUGCACCCCUCUGACCACAGGGAUUGUGUAGCUGAAGACCUGAAGGCAUUUUCCUUCCACUUGAAGAGGGAAAAUCACCUCGUUCCUCUGGCAUGAGCGGACUGUGUACAGAGAAAUUGAGGGGCACAGGUGAGAUUUGUGUUGCUCGUGGAGCUGCAGGCAGACAGCAGAUUUCUGAGCUUGCCCUUAGACCUGCACACAACCAGGUACAUCCAGAUUUUUUCACGUCUGCCUCCUUGCUUCUUUCCUCCCCAUACUUUUCCGUGUUCCCAGAGAAAUCAGGAGGAGAACCUGAAUGUCUCUUGCCUCAAACUCUGCAGCUACAUGGACAAAUGAGAGGGACUGGGAGGACAAUUUCAGCGAGCCAGAGGGUUUGGGUGGUUGUAGAUGUGGCACGAGCAGGCAGCAGAACACAGCACCCAGAGGAGAAGGGAGGAAGGAAAAAAAACUCGACACACAUUCUCCGAAAGAAUGUGACAGAGAGCAAGGAAGCAGAGGAAGGAUUCACACUGAUGGAUUUCCAACCCAGGGGAAUAAACCAGAAUGGUUCAGCAAACCCAGACGAAACCAGAAGUGCCGUGAGAGGAGAGGGAAGCGGGCGCUGUCCACAGCUGCAGCAGCUGCCCUGAGAGCCGGAGUGAUGGGAAGCCCCAGAGCAUCGGUGGGGAGAGCAUCUGAAGAAGUGCAGAAGGAAGCAGAAGGCUCUCUGUGAGCUCCCAGCUCCAGGUAACCACCAUGGAUUCCUGCAGGAUACCUGCAAACGCCUCCAAGUGCAGUGGGAACACCAUGGAGUGCUUCAUGGUGCUCAGCACGCAGGCACAGAAGAUAAGCAUUGGCAUCCUGUGUGGCCUCUUUGGGACAAUGUGUGUUUUUGAGAACUCCCUGGUGCUCUACCUGAUUUUCUCAUCCCCUGGGAUCAGGAAGAAGCCUUCCUACCUCUUCAUCGGCAGCCUGGCCCUGGCUGACAUCCUGGCCAGCAUCAUCUUUGUCUGCAGCUUCGUGAACUUCCACGUGUUCAACGAGGUUGGAUUCUCCAAGGAGGUGUUCCUGCUGCAGCUGGGAGGGGUUAACACGUCCUUCUCUGCCUCCCUCAGCAGCCUGCUGCUCACAGCCCUGGACCGCUACAUCUCCAUCAGCCGGCCCUCGGAGUACAAGCUCCUGAUGACCAGGAAAAGAGCCUGGACAGCCCUGGCAGUGCUCUGGGUGACCUGUGCCACCAUUGCUUGCCUGCCCCUGCUGGGCUGGAACUGCUGCGUGCUGGAUUCCUCCUGCUCCGAGCUGUUCCCCUUUGUGGAUGACAAUUACCUGUCGGGCUGGCUCUGCUUCGUCGUGGUCCUGCUGGGCUGCAUCGUCUACGCCUACGCCCACGUGCUCUGGAGGGCUCGCCAGCACGUGGCCUACAUGGAGAAGCACCAGGCACAGGCAGGGAAGCAAAACACCCGGAUGAGGAUGGACGUGAUGCUGGCCAAGACCCUGGUCAUGGUGCUGGCUGUCCUGAUGCUCUGCUGGUCCCCCGUGCUCGUGCUGAUGAUCUACAGCGUCUUCGGCAGGCUGAGCGACCGCCUGCGCAAGGUGUUCGCCUUCUGCAGCACCCUCUGCCUGCUCAACUCCAUGGUCAACCCCAUCAUUUACGCCCUGCGCAGCAAGGAGCUCUUCUCCUCCCUGAGGAGGGUGUUCUCCCACUGCAGGAGGCAGCUGAAGGCCCCUGAGGAGAGCCCAGAAGCAGAGAGCACCCACAAGUCCUCCGUGAUAGAGACCGUCUGCGAGGACACCCAUACCAUGUAGGGAGGCACCACUGGGAGAUCCACCCACUCAGCCUGGAAGGAACAGUCUGGAUCACUUUUCUUUUUAUUUUCUCUUCUGAUGGGAGUUGAGGGAUCAGCUGUGAUGUGGAGACAGCUCCUGCUGAUGUCACCCUUCAACGCUGGGACAUGAAGUGCACAGACUUUGCUCUCAGGCACAGGCUGGGAUUGUUGGGAUGUCCUGUGCAGGGCCAGGACUGGAUGAUCCUUGGGGUGUCCCUUCCAGCUCAGGAUAU